AUGGCAACCUGCGGAACUAGUGGUGCUUCCUACUUUUGUCAUGCCUGUGGUCACGAAACCACUCCAAUCGAUCAGGACAAGCUAUGGCCUCAGUUGCUUUGCUCUCUCUGUAUGUCUGAUUUCGUUGAGGCCAUUCCCGUGCGGCACUCUGGAUGCUUAUUCACUGGAAUUUUUCCAGAAGUAUGUCAGCCAUUUUUACGUCUUGGAGUUCAUCAGACUAUUUCAUCUCAAGUUUCCAGGGUCCAGGAUGAAGCACAAAGAGAAUCCUCUAGUAGGCCCACUGCCUGCAGAUCAACUUCGAUAGGUUUAUUUGAAGCUCCCAGACCUCCUAUACGUUCCAGCUCUCCUUCGAUUCCGGAAAGGUUGUUUGUGCAGCUAUUUGCGAAGAAUAUUAUGCGACGUUUGCACCGCAUGCUCCGGACUACCCUUGGACCGGCUCCGGCUUCCAAACAACAGAUGAGUAAUUUGACCACUUUUGAGCUCAGCGUCUCGGAAGCCGCCUCCAGUGGACAGUGUGUGAUUUGCCUUGAAGCAUUCCAGCCGGCAACACUUUGUAUAAAGCUACCAUGUGAACACGUAUAUCACCAUGAUUGUGCGCAGCAGUGGUUGCUUCAGCAUGGUCUGUGUCCUUUGUGCCGAAAAGACCUUGAUGGGAAUGUCAUUCAGCUCAGUGACCAAAGUGAUGAUGAUUUAUUUUGAACGCGAUCAACUGUUGAUGCCGUGUUCCAUCCUACUUGACGUUUUAUUUCAAAAACUGCAUUCAUCGCUGUUUUUUGUACAGUAAUUUAUGACUUAUUUAGCGGUGAAGGUAUGUUGCAUUUGUUACCAGAGAUAUUUAUUGAAAAAUCUCACAGCGCGA